AAGUCUAUAGAUUGAUGAUGCUCGAUGUUUUUUCCAGCAUCUUCAUCCUUUUUAUGAAAAAAAGACCGGUUCCAGAAGCUGCAGCUUUGAGAAAUGAAGGGUCAAGUGGUAUGGCUUACUGGGUUCUUGUUUUUACAUUUAAUGGCGGCUAUGGCAGAAGAAACCCAGAAUCUGAAAACAAAAACCUACCCGUUUGGGCCAUUUGACAGUUCCUACUACGACAGUUUCGCCGUCAUAAAGCCAGCCACAAUCAGCAACGAUGCCCUUCAAAUCACCCCUGAUUCCGUCGGAAACUUCAGCCUCAACGACAGGUCCGGCAGAAUCUUCUUCAAUCAAACAUUCAAGCUUUGGGAUGGAGAUUCCAAAACGAAAACAGUUCGCAAGGUAGCUUCGUUCAAUACGUCUUUUCUUAUCAAUGUCUUUCGAGUUAAUAACUCGGUUCCCGGAGAAGGUGUCACUUUCCUCGUUGCCUCAAACGCCGCCAUUCCUCCCGGCAGUUUCGGACAGUAUCUAGGACUGACGAACUCAUCGACCGAUGGUCUUUCCUCCAACAACCUCGUGGCCGUCGAACUCGAUACUUUUAAACAGGACUUUGAUCCGGAUGACAACCAUAUUGGUCUAAACAUCAACAGCGUUCGGUCUAAAAAGACAGUGUCUUUGUCCGAUUUCGGCAUCGAAAUUGCUCCCAAUGGCACCAAGUUUCACGUUGUGUGGGUUGAAUAUAAUGGCUUGAACAAGUCGAUACAAGUUUACAUAGCCGAGCAGGAUCAGGUUUCUUCCCCGACACCUCCCAAACCAUCCAAGCCGGUUCUUAGCGCUGAUCUUGAUCUCAGCAGCGUUGUCGAACAAUACUCGUAUUUCGGCUUUUCGGGAUCAACAGGCAGCCAUGUUCAGCUCAACUGUGUACUGAGAUGGAACUUGACUGUCGAAAUACUUCCUGGUGGGAACAAAGGAUCAAAUUCGUUCAAGAUUGGGAUUGCAGUUGGUGUCCCAGUAGUUGUUCUUGUCCUUCUCGGAGCAUUAAUUUAUUAUCGGUACAAGAAACGGAAGACCAGAUCUGAUCCUAACAUACUAGGAGCACUCAAGAGUCUUCCCGGGACUCCCAGGGAGUUCAAGUUUAGGGAUCUGAAAAAGGCCACCAACAACUUUGAUGACAAGCACAAGCUCGGUCAAGGCGGAUUCGGGGUCGUCUAUAAAGGGUCGCUGCCGAAGGAGAAUCUUGAAAUCGCGGUGAAGAAGUUUUCCGGUGACAUUAAGGGAAAAGAUGAUUUCUUGGCUGAGCUUACCAUCAUCAAUCGGUUGCGCCACAAGCAUCUUGUCCCCUUGUUAGGAUGGUGUCACAAGAACGGCAUGCUGCUUUUAGUUUAUGAUUACAUGCCGAAUGGGAGCUUAGACGCUCAUAUAUUUUGUGGCCCGGAGAAGACUACACUUGAUUGGAGUUUAAGGUACAAGAUCGUAUCUGGAGUAGCCUCUGCUCUACACUACCUUCACAACGAAUAUGACCAAAAAGUGGUGCACCGGGACCUUAAGGCUAGCAACAUUAUGCUCGACUCCAACUUCAAUGCCCGGUUAGGUGAUUUCGGGUUGGCUCGAGCCAUUGAAAACGAGAAGACAUCUUACGCGGAGCUCGAAGGAGUGCCGGGCACCAUGGGGUACAUUGCCCCCGAGUGUUUCCACACCGCAAAGGCCACCAGGGAGUCGGAUGUUUACGGAUUCGGUGCGGUUUUGCUAGAAGUGGUGUGCGGGAAACGUCCGUGGACUAAGAUAGGUGAGUUCCUACUACUGGUAGAUUGGGUCUGGUGUCUGCACAGAGAAGGGAAGAUAUUCGAGGCAGUCGAUGAGAGGCUAGGCGGCAACUAUGUAGUCGAAGAAGCCGAGAGAUUGUUGUUACUUGGCCUUGCAUGUUCGCAUCCUAUUGCAAGUGAAAGGCCUAAAACACAGGCAAUCCUUCAGAUUCUAUCAGUGUCCAUGGCAGUGCCCCACGUUCCACCUUUCAAACCGGCAUUUGUUUGGACUUCAAUGCCCGGACCGGACAGUUUCAGCAUCACCUCGAGCUUCACUAACACCGCCGAUAUCACUCCGGUGUCAUCAGGAUGGACUCCACAUUAUUUUAGCAGAGAUGCUCAAGGUGAAUUAAGUGAUGGGAGUGCUCUCAUAUGAAAACAAAUAGAUGGACCUUACAUUCAACAUUUAUGCUUUAUAAAUGGGAUAGUCCCUUUUCCUUUUACUGUUUUAAACUUUUUUUUCCUUUUUACUGCUUUGCUG